AUGGACUACGACUACGACACUCCCGAUGCAAGCGACGCUCUUGCAGAGCGCUUUGAGCAGGCCAUGUCAACGACCGGCAGGGGCCAGAGAAGAGGACCUGCCGGCGGUCGCAAAGCGGGAUCAGGUGGCAGUGGCGGCAGCGGAGGACCUGGCGGAAACGGCCGCAGCAAACGUGAUGUAGUUCUGUCGAAGGCACUGAGCCGAUUGCUUCGGCACCAGGCCGACGCAGCAGGAAUCACACUUGACAAGGAGGGCUUUGCUCCUCUCGACAAAGUGUUUCUCUAUGGCCCCAUCCGCUCUCUUAAACCAACCUUCAGCGAAAUCGUCGACUGCGUCAAGAGCAGUGAUAAGCAGCGCUUCGCCAUGAAGCCCAACCCGGCCACAAACCCCUCCCUAGACGAGUCAUCAACCGACCCAUCCCACUGGCUGAUCCGUGCCAACCAAGGCCACUCGAUCAAGCUCGAUAGCGAGCACCUUCUCCGCCCGAUCGUCCCUAACCCAGCCCCCGACUCCAACGAGCUUCCUAUCCCUCCUGUCGUCGUACACGGCACUUACUUCGCCUUUUGGCCCCAGAUCGAGUCCUCCGGCGGUCUGAAGCGCAUGAACCGCAACCACGUGCACUUCUCGACCGGCUUGCCAGAGGACAACGGUAAGGAGGUGAUCAGCGGAAUGCGGUCGGAUGCCGAGGUGCUGGUAUACGUAGACGUGGAGAGGAGUAUUCGAGAGGGUGGGCUGAAGUGGUGGAUGAGCGAUAACGGGGUUGUGUUGACGGAGGGGAAUGAGGAGGGGAUGGUGGAGAAGAAAUUUUUCAAGGAGGUUGUGGGAAGAAGGCAGAAUGUCGGCGUCUUGUGGAAGGAUGGGGAGAAGGUUGCUGACUUGCCUGAAGGUUUGGUAAUCAAGCAGCCGUUUGGGAAGGCAGGGAAAGGGGCCAAAGGGAGUAGAGGUGGCGGGAGGGGUCGUGGAAGGUGA